AUGGCCACUUCUAAGUCUGGACGGCUGCAGUCUCCGGUCGGCAGAAAUCUUCAAAACGUGGUGUUGGGCGAUCUCUUAUUCCAGCCAUGGAACCAAUCUAUCUACCCCGAGGACCUCGUCGCCAAAGACGCCGAUCGGCUCUACGUCUGCCGUUGGUGCUUUCGAUACUCGUGUGAUGAUGAUGUCUUUGAAGACCAUAAACGAGCUUGCGAACAUCGCAUAACGCCCCCAGGGACCAAAGUAUACGACCAUGGCGGGUAUGCAGUUUGGGAAGUCGAUGGACAAGACUACAAACUGUUUGGACAGAACCUGUCCUUGUUCGCGAAGCUCUUCCUUGACCACAAGACUGUUUUCUUUGAUGUUGCGACUUUCCUCUACUAUAUCCUCACAUUCACCGACCCUGACGACCAUGAGAGCUACCACGUGCUCGGGUUCUUUUCCAAGGAGAAGCUGUCUUGGGAUGCGAACAACCUUGCAUGCAUAUUGAUUUUCCCACCCUACCAACACAAGCAGCUUGGAAAACUCUUAAUGGGGGUGAGCUACAAGCUGAGCGGCUGGGACUCCAACGGUGGACCCAUCGGUGGGCCAGAGAAGCCAUUGAGCGAGCUGGGCCACAAGAGCUAUGUACGCUUUUGGGCAGAGCGAAUUGCCCGGUAUUUACUCUGCGGCAAGCCUGGUACCAGCGCCCUCGAUCCCGACCAGCAGAAGCCCAGCUCAACCCCCAAGGGCUCGCGCAAGAGGCCCCCGCGUGAGACAAUGACCGUCGAAGAGCUCGGCCAAGGAACUGGAAUGCUCACAGAAGAUGUGAUUACGGCUCUCAAGAGUAUGGGGCUCUUUGAUCCCCAAACAAGUCCUAAAAAGCGAAAAUCUAUCCGCACGGGUGCUCCAGACACCACCACACCAGAGCAGAUAGUCACUAUUCAGAAAUCCGAUGUCUGGGAUUGGGCCCAAGCACACCAUCUCGUGCUGGAAGACCCGGUCUGUGAUUCUGGAUUUGAGGGACUUUGGCCUCCAGCCAUCUCGUCAGAAGAGGAUAAACAGAGUGUGACCUCGGAAGAGAAUUGA